AUGCCUCAGUCCGAAGAGGAUGCGAGUGUGCAUGAGACUGUGACCAUUAAUGAUCCUGUUACCACGCUGAAGAAUGACUCUGAAGGGGAUCAGCCUCAAAAUGGUGGACCCGAUACUACGGACCACCCUCAAAAUGCAUUGGAAGGGGGAGAAUCCCGAUCGACCAGUGAUGAGGAGAGUCAAUCUGAUUCCGAUACGGAAGAUGAACCUCCAACCGUGAAGUAUUCGAGGAUCAGCAAACUGCCUCAAAGCUUCUUUCAAAGAGACUCGAUAUCGUGUUGCAAGUUUUCAGAGAGCAGGUUUCUCUUUGGAACGCAUUCUGGCCUUUUACACCUAACCCACUCAGAUUUUUCCCCAAUCAAGACAUUGAAGUGCCACAGAUCUUCGAUAAUGUCCAUUUAUUGCAACACGGAGUAUUUUGCCACAGCAUCAAUGGAUGGAACUGUCAUUAUCGGAGCAUUUGAUGAUUUCAACAACUUGACAGCUUUUGAUUUUAAGCGACCUGUACAUGCAGUUGUACUGGACGAUGACUAUAAGACCAACAAAACGUUCUUAUCGGGUGGCAUGGCAGGUGAAAUUGUACUCUCUCAAAGAAACUGGCUUGGUAACAGAAUGGAUCGCGUGAUAAGUAAAGGCAACGGUAUUGUAUCCGGUAUACACAAACUUGGUACCGUCAUAUUUUGGAUGAACGAUCUUGGGGUGACCUUCUUUGACAUCAAUAGCAAGAGCGAAUUGCUAAACGUUCCGUUUGAGUCUGAAAAUCAAAACGGUAUACGACCAGACCUUUUGAAACCACAAGUACAUUUCCCGGAAGUGGAUAGGAUUAUUAUAGGCUGGGCUGAUAACGUGUGGCUAUUCAAAGUUUCCUUAAUAUUACCAACGGCCAAGAACGACAUCACCAAUAACUUAGGAUCCAUAAUCUCCUCAGCAACUUCAAGUUUAAGGCCGUUACCAGACAAAAAGGUGGAAUUAGAGAGGCAUUUCAGAAUCCCAUUAUUGUUAGCAGGUAUUGUAUCAUUCAAAGAUGAUCAGUUACUGUGCCUGGGUUUUGAUUAUACAACUGAUCUUGAAAUGAAGUUCAAGGGGGAGACUCCACACCUAAAGACUUUUGAUACAAUGACAGGAGAAGAAAUGAAUGACGAGGAAGUGGUGAUAAAAAAUUAUGAGAAAUUAUCAAUUAAUGAUUACCACUUAGGAAAGUACAUUCACGGUACAUCAAUGCCAAAAUAUUUUCUGAUAAGUGCUACCGAUUUUAUAAUGAUUGAAGAGUUUUCGCUGUAUGACCAUUAUAAAUGGUUUUUAAACCAUAAUAUGAUAUUGAAGGCUUGGGAUUUGGCUCAGUAUUUGGAUAUUUCGUACGAAGAGCGACUAGAACUGGGUAUCAGCUAUUUGAAUGCCGAAAUCGAAGCUGGUAGCAUUGACGAUGUAGGGACGAAAAUAUCGAAAAUAUUCGGACCUUGCAAGGAAGAAGUAAUAAUGAAUAACAAUUCCGACUUGCAUCAUUAUGUAGUAAGGCAAUGGCAAGGUGUCAUUCUGAAGCUAAUAAACGAACGACAUGUUAACGACAAUUUAAUUGAUAAUAUACCGAUUGAACCACGCCUAGACAAAUCCUUGUAUGACACUAUUUUACUCCGUUACCUCUACGAAUCCGAUGGAAAGGAUAAAUUUACAGCAUUGUUGAGCAAGUGGGACGUUUCUCUGUAUUCAGAGGAAAUAAUUCAGGGACAUUUGGAAACUCUGGUGAGGAAAAAAGAUUCCAAUUGUGCAUUCUAUCGUGAGCGACUCAUCUACACUUAUUUACAGUCCGAGAAGUAUUCCAAGGCAGUCCCACACAUGCUUGAAAUUAAAGAUAAAAAUGUCAUCCACCUUUUGAUCAACAACGAACAACUGAUACCCCAAUUUACAGAUAUAUUGAUCAACAUCGUCCUUUUACCGUUUGAUAGUCCUGAUUUGAACGGUAUCUCCGACUUAUCUAAAACGGAGACAAAACAGAUUUUUAAAAGCUCGAUUAGACUAUUAGUUGUUGCGAGUAGACAUAUUUCCGUUUCCCGCAUCAUCACCUUGUUUGAACAGAAUGAGGCAAAUCUCGAUUUGAAUCUCCUUCUUCUUUGCUUUUUGGAGCAGCUCCCAACCAACGAACAGACCAUCACCGAACAAUUUGAGGACAAAAUGGUAAUAUUGUACUCCAAGUAUGAUUCUACAAAACUGUUAAGAUUUCUGAAGGACAAGACGAGUUACAAUGUUGAAAAGGCGAUUGACAUAUGUACAGCCCAAUCGGGACUUUAUAACGAGUUGAUCUAUUUGUGGGGCAAGAUAGGGGAGACGAAGAAGGCGCUGAGUAUUAUAGUGGAUGAGUUGGAUGACGCUGUGUUGGCAGUCGAUUUUGUGAAGAGCUGGGGGGACGUUGAGUUAUGGGAUUUUUUGAUAGGCUACACCAUGAACAAACCCAAUUUCGUUGAGCUGCUCUUGCAAAACUACAACGCAUUGGGUGACAAGUAUAUUUCCGUGGUUCAAGGUGUCGAUGAUGAUCUGAACAUCAACGGACUACACCGAAUACUGAGCGAGACUUUGAACGAAAACUCUUUGAGUCUGCGAGUGAAGAAAAACAUUUUCCAAAUUGUCGAUGAUGAAACCAACCUAUACGCGAAGGAGCUUCUAACUAUUCGUGACCAGGGGAAGGUCUUCGAGGGCAAUGCAUAA